CCUCACGUCGUCUCUUUCGUUGACCCCUCCUCCCGGUCUUCCUAACUACAUACAUACAACUGCAGUGAUGCACGGCGUACGAUGCCGCGUGGCUCUUCCAGCCCUUCUGGGCAUCAGACACCGUGCUUUUUUACUGCACCUUGUUGCUCCCAAUUUCCUCCUCUCGGAAACCCUCAGUUUCUCCCGGUGUUGUUGUUGCCGGCAUUAUUCCAACCAAACAUUGCUAAUAGUGUGCAAGAAGCCCCUGACUCUUUCGAGAUUGUUCACCAACCACACGGAACCGGAGGAAGGAGCGAAAGGUCGCGAAGAGGCGGAGAGAGGCGGAGAGGCGCAAUCGGGUUUGGAGAACGCUAGAUAUUAUCCGCUCUUUGCAACUGGGAUUCCCGUCUCGGACCAUUCAACCACUAGUUCCUCUUGUCCUUUUUCUUGCGUCUUGUGUCAUUGAGAGUUACUACCGACGGCUCCCCCGUUGUAACUCUCAUCCGCCCCUUUCUGACGCCAUGGACGCUGCACCUUGAUGACACA